AGAGCUGUCCUGGCUCAGGUGGGAGGGUCCAAGGAAAGGUGACUGAUGCUCACAUGCUGUCCCUGCAGCUUGCACUGAGGCUGUGCCUUGUGUCUCUCCAAAGGCAAGAAGUCUUUGGCUUGCAGGAGCCUGAAUCCUGCAAGUAACACAGCAGGCACACUGCAAUUCAGUUAUGGCAAUCUGGACAGCCUUAUCUGCUAGAAAAAUUCCUCUAUAACUUAAGAUUAUUAUUUCUACACAACCAAAAAGGUAUAGAACAAGAGCAUAAGAGGAAGUGGGGAGGAGUGGGUCAUUAUUUCUGGAAUGUUUUCAUGUGAAUGGAUUUUGAAAGGUCUUUGAAGUGUAAAUGAAUACACUAGAUAGGAAGAUGGUAUUUUGCCUCCCUGUUGGUUAAAGCUGUGCCAACAAAGAAGUCUGCUCUGGAUCUACACCAUUUUAUGUGAGUGUUGGCAUACAGACUGCCUGCUCCAUUUUAAGUACUGCAGGGAAAAGUGGGACUGGAGCAUUGAAAAGUGCAGCAUUCAGUUGUGGAGCUGCAGACAUCCAGCAGCUCUCCGAGCCUAAGUCAGCUACCUGGGCUGCCCUGAUACCAGGGAAAAGAAGUAGGUCUGUGUUAGUGGGGAAGAGAUUUGCCCUCAGUGUCUUAGAUACUUGUUUUAGGAUGAGAUGAAUCUCCCACUGGAGAUGCUUACAUGUCUGUAAUUUCAAGAAAUGAACUCCAGCCUAGUAGGUAAGUAUAGGUGAAUAUUUUUUUGUCUCUUUUAGUGGUUUUAUAUUUUUUUCUGCAAAGCCUCAGUAAACAUACCAGUAACUAUCUGAGAUGAACAGGCAUUUGUAUUGCCACUGUAACCAUCUCUGAGUCAAUGGAAAGAGAAAACUGAAAAUUCUAGAAUAUUUUGUCUCUGUGCCAUACUGAAUAGAUUAGGGUGCAAUUGGCCUUUUGCAGUCUUCUUCCUAGAGAGUGUGAAAGAAAUGAGUGUCUGAUUCUCUUUGUUUUCACUGUCAUCUAGCAGGAGACUCGAAAUUAUCCUGAAUCUUAUCCUCAGCUGCCAAGAGAUGAAACGGUGGAGAACCCUCACCUCCAAAAGCACAUUUUGGAGUUGGCUUCCAUACUGGAUGUUAGGAAUGUUUUCCUGGAAAACACACUCGAUGACUAUUAAAAGAAACUGUCUUACUGCAAAGGGGAUUCCCUGGCCACAGAUUUUGAAUGGUGCAGUUUUAUAAUGUGAAAAUCAUAAAAGGAAGUACUUGAUUUUAUUUUUAAAUUUAGGACCAUUAUUUUAAAAAGUAAUAAUAAACAGCUGUUAGUUGAGCUGUUCCAUUCUGUAUGGGGUCAAUUUUAUAAGCAGAAGUUUUCAUGUCUUUUAAAUGUUAAACUAAAGAAUCACUAGAGGUUUAUUUCUGGUCUUGUGGCUGUCAACCACAUUUCCAACAGCUGAUCCUAAGCAUAGAAGUAUUAUUGGUUACCUUUAGCCCAUAUUUGUGGAAAUCCUUUAUUUUUAUACAAUUUUAAGAAAUUGGAAAGAAAAAAAAUCAACAGAAAAAAACCCAAUAUUUUAUCCCCAAAGAGUUUGGAUUUGAAACGGUAAAGAUGGAACCACACAGUGCAAACCAACAAUAGCAAUAACACAGAUUCCUUCAUAACAAAUAUAUUUUUUCAGUCUUAGGCAAGUGAGGAGACAAAACUGUGGACAAUUAAGUUGCAUUUGGAACAGUGCUUUGAAGUGAAUUUGUAAAGAUGCUUCAUGUUCCCUAUAAGUUUGAUGCAGCAGUUUCCUGUAUGAACUGUGUUCUGCUGGCCAAGGACCUGGUUGGGCAGGUGGUCAAUAGAUGAACAAACUGCAAACCCUGACAGUCAGCCCCCACCUCUCCCUGCCAUGUGGGGCACCCUGCCACAGGAGGAGGUGUUUUUCAGUUGGAGGUACUAUUUAGAAAUCCCAGCAUUUCCAGCAGGUGUUACCCCUCCUGUGUGUGUGUGGAUGGAAUGUGUGGCUCCUGCAGCACGAGCACUCCCUGGCAGCAGCUGGGGGGAUGUCCCAGUGAUUGCUGAUGUUACAGGACUGUGCUGUCUGUGCUCAUGUCUGACCCCACUGUGCUACAGCCCUGUGCCCCAGGAGAGGUCCUGAUGUUCCCCUUGCAGGUGAAACCAAGUGGGAGCUGUCAUGACCUCCUGGAUGUUUUGCAUGUCCCCCCAUGACCCAGCCCUGCCCUGGAGCCAGGAGCAGGGAAGGGCUGUACCUGUGGCUCCCCAGCCCAGAGCUCAGUGUGGGUGUCUGCAGGAGGACAGUGGCCUUUGAGAAGGGGCUGGCUGGCUCAUUUGGGACUGCACUGCCUGCCCUGCAGAGCCAGAGGAGCUCUGGCAGCUCCUGGCAGUGCAGGGUGAGCAAGGGUGAGGGAAUGGAGAUAUUGUAUUAAAUGGAAAAGCCACUUGUCACUGUUCCAUGGGCUGCUAGAAAAGUGAGAGGACAAGUCCAGUCAGUGCUUUUUGUUGAACCCCACCAAUGUCUCUGUGCUUAGGUGGAAACAGUGCAGAACUUGGUGAGUGCUGUGGUGUCAUGAUAAUCCUGGGUGCAGAACACACUCAGGGUGUGAUCUGGUCAGCCAGAACAGCACUGGUGGAUCCGUUCUGCUGAGGGGGCACAGUGUGGAACAGCAGGAACAGCUGCAGUGUAGCUGGGGAGUUUGCAUGAAGGUUCUUUGUAGCUGGGCUGAAGCUUGCACCAUCCAUUCUUUAUUUCCCAAGUGUACAAAAUCCUGUGAAUGCUUGUGUUUGUCCUAAGCAGUCUUGAAGCUGGUACAUUGAGACCCCCCCUUGGUGCUGCUCUUUGGACUCUGGCAGGACUUCAUUUCCCAGGCUGUGGAGUCUGAUCUGAGGAGUGUGUGUUUGUGUGUGUGCAUGUGUGUGCUCGGCGUUUGUGUGUGUAUGUUCAGCACACAUACAUCUACUGGCUGGUGUAAAUUGUAAAUAUGUAUAUAUGUAUAGGUACUUGUAUAUGUAUUAAAAAGAAUGAACCACUACAAUGUCUAUAUACAAAAUUUAUAUAUACACACAUACGCCAUGUUGGGUGGAUUCCAAAAGGUGCUGCACAUCAUUUGUGGUUGUACUAAAGGUUAUGGCUCUUCUGUCACUGUAAUUUGCUGUUUCCAGGGACUUACCUUGGAUCUUGAAGUAAUUGAGAACUGAUUCCAGGUACAGGAGCCCUUAGUUAGCCAGGGGAGUGGGUACCCCUGUAUGUACUACAGUGAUAAGAUCCAUGUAUUUACUGUGAAGCUGAUCCCUGCCUUUGUGCCUGGUAGGAGGCCCCCAGUUGCUAAAACGUGGGAUUGUGUGUGGAGGCUAAAGAUGCAGGAAGCCUUUAAUGCAGCAGCAAGUGAGAGGCAGGUUAUCUGUUGCUGUUCCUCUACCAGCAGUGUUCAGCUUGCAUGGAAAAAGGGAAUUGAGUUUUCCCCAGCUCACUGCCUUCCAACCAAAUGCUUUUGCUUUGCUUUAGCUUUUGCUUUGAUGAAGCUAUUCUUAUUUUGGUUCCAUCUCUGUGGAAGAGAAAAGAGUAUGCUGUUUCCAAGCAGAGGAGUGAGGAUGAUGAUGAUUCCAUUCGUGGGCUGGUGAACCUCUGGGACAUUGCUUGUGAACUGACUGGGAAAGCCUUGGUGGUCCUCACCUUCCUUUAGCCAGGCUGAAGUGGGGAGUCCUUGCUUGUGACCUGAGAGGCUUCUACCAUUUGCAGCCCUUCGAGGAAGUUCUGUUUGAUUUUUGCCAAGGUAGAUUUCAUCAGAGAAGAAUGCACUUUUUAAAAUACAAAACGCCCUGAAGAAGCUGGAAUGUAGGAGGAGAAUAUAGGCCUUGAAAAUUAGUUCAGAAGUUGAACUUAGCAGCAAUGACUGUCCAAGUCAAAACUUAAUUCUUGAGGUUCCUAAUUCUCCUCUUACCUGCUGAUCUUUGUUAGAAGGUCUAGUGCUGGGACGUUCAAAGAUAAAGAUCUCACUCCUGUUGUGUUGGGAGGAGUAUGGAAUUGUACUGUGGAAGCAGAGGGCUCAUACCCUCUGUCUGCUCUAGCUGUAGCUAGGAUGAGUGUCUGGUCUUGGAUUUUGAGCCAGCCCCUUCUUUCCCACCCAAAGAACUGCAUUCAAGAUGAAAAUGUUGAUAUUUUCCCCUCCAAGUAAAAGCUUGUCUUGUUUAAACUAAGUCAUUCUAAACUUGUGCUACUGUGUGCUCUGUGCUAUGGUCGUAGGUACCUCUCGGUGUAUGCUUGUGUGUACUGAAGAAAAUCUGGUUUCUGUAUCUCGCAGUCCUCAGUGUGGAAGCGAAGCAAAGACUGAACCAUUUUUAAGUGAGAAGAGAACAAAUCCUUCUCAGGCCUGAUGCCUUCCCUCUUGUCUCGCUCUCCCUUUCUCCAUGUAUCUUUAUUGCUUAUAUUAGCGGAGAAGACUUGCCAGCACCAGGCAAUGCCAAAUUAAAGGGGUAAAUUCUGCAUGUAAUACAUUGAGAGGACAAGGUGAACUGGACCAGCUGUGUCCUUACAGGACUGCUCCUGCCUGCCUCCCUACCCCCUGCAUGUGGUGUGCUCAGAUGAAUCCUGCUCCCACAGUAGGUUUGUGCUCCUGCUCAAACUGGCUUUGGAACAUCUUGCCAAAGUUACUGCUGUUGCCUUUUUUCCCCCUUUGACUUCUCAAAAUAACAGUGACAGGGCAAUACAGGGUUAUGAGUCUUCAGUGCUCCCGUUUUUAAUUCCUCUUGGGAUGUGAUGUGUCGUUUUAUUUUGUGCACCAGCUAAAUGGAGCACUAACUUCCAUGAGCUGUGCAAACAGGACUUGCUCCCUGGAGUGCUUUCUUGAGAAGUCUCAGGACCUUUCUUUAAGUAAUUUGGACAAAAUAAUGUCUGUCAAGUCAUGACUGAGUAACUCCUCAAGAGUGUUCCCCAGGGAGAUUGCAGAGAUGUCUUUAAAGGAUCAUAGGAAACAGAUCGGGGCAACAGGAAAUUUGGCUUUAAUCAAUCAUCUUCAAAAGCUACAAUUUCAGUAAUUCUGGACAGGCUUCUCCCCUAAGGAUAGAUGGAAGUGCUGUUCACAGCCCAUCCCUGGCAUGAGUUAGGAAGCACCUCCCCUGCCUCGCUGCCUCCCGUGUCCUGUAACCAUGCUGUGCUGCAAGUCUGCUCCUUCUCAAAGCUAAAAAUCUUGGAAUCUUUCUGAACAGCUGUUUUGUCUUGAGGUUUCUUUUGUAAAAGCUUUGCCUGUGUUUGAUUUCUCAGUAACUGUUUGAGUGCAGCUCAGUGGCACAGCCUCACUCAGUCCUGGUGCUGUCGGGAACAGGUCUGUGGUGGCUGUGGCUGCUCCUGGGGCUGAGGGAGCUCUGCAGGCACAAACAGUUACAGGAACAAGGGAGAAAAUUUAAUACAGAGAGCUGAAAAUGCUCUGUGUGCCUGGUAAGGUCAGACUGGACACAGCAGCUGGGGCAAAGCUCUCCAGAGCAGAUUAUACACUCCUGAAGGGGCUCUCUUACAUUUGUAACAUCAGACUUUUAGAGCAAUACUGUUCUGUGACCAAAUGUAUUCAGGUGCUUUGAAGAUCAAUAGAGAUCUGCUCAAUAGGACAGAGGACACACAUAACUGCUUUAGAUUUAGGAGUGACAGCCACUUUCUGUUUUCCUGUCUAAAUCAUUACUAUGCCAAGACUGAGGAGAGUUAGUUAAGGAUUUCUGAAUCUGACAUUUUUUGGUGUUAAGGACUAUUUCUGAAUUCUGCCCAAAUCCCAGAUGCACGCACAGAUGUUUUGUUCCUGGUUUCAUUGCCGUUGGGAGCAGGCCCCAGCACAGCUUGCUGGCCUGCAGGAGCCCCAGAGCAGAACAGAUCUCACCAGCCCAGUCCCAGCAGCUGCUCCUUCCAGAAUAAACCCUGCUGGGAGGAUCUGCCCCCCUGACUUCACAGAUGGCUUUUGGCACGUGUUUAUUACCGUUCUGCCUUUGAACUGGUUUGUUGGGAGCAGGAUUCUGCCUCAUGCAGGCUGAAAAGCACAAGUUGGUUCUGCCCUGGGCAAGGCCCAGCGAGAAGGAUGAGGGGAGCGCAGGUGGGAGCGUUUGGGAGCGUUCUGGGAAUGCAGAGGGACCGUGCCUCAGGCAGCCCAGCUGCCGAGGUACAGGGAGAGUUUUGCCUCUCUGAGAAUCAAAUUAUUUAUUACCAAAAGUAAUUUUAUAGUGAAUUGGUUUAAAGUUAUUUUACAGCUGUGUGCCUGUAUAUCGUAUUUUGGUAAAAACGGAUAUUUUCCUUAAAAUAUAUAGAGAUAUAUAAAUAAACUUUUUUUGGAGCAAAUGGACUUUUUUUGCAAGGGGGUCUGUAAUCGCCAAAGCAGUGUGAUGCCAGAAGCGACUGCCGUUGUUCGGGGAGGGAAGGAGCGCGUUUGUGUUGCUGCUGGACACUGCGGGGAGAAGCGAAGCCGCGAUGGAGCCGGGCCCGCAGAGCGAGCGCCAGCCCCGCGUCCUGCUCGUCACCGCCUCUCCAGCCUUUCCAGAGACUUUGGAGCACAUUUCCGUUCGCUUUUGUCCCCGCCGCGCCGGAGCCGCUCCCGCCCGGUGCUCGCGGUUGUGCCGUGUCCGAGCCGUUCGCUGUCCCUGUCCCGGCCGCCCCGGCCCCGCCGGCGGACUGUGCUGUCAAUAAACUGUGAUAUUCGCUCGCACCGAGCCGCAUGGUCCGGGGCUGCGACUGCGGCUGGGAGGAGCGGGCGGGCCGCGGGCGGAGCGGGGCUGAGGGAGGAGCGGGAGGGCCGCGGGCGGAGCGGGGCUGAGGGAGGAGCUGGUUCGGAGGGCGGAGUGGGAUCGGAGGGCGGAGCGGGAUCGAAGGCGGAGCUGAGUAGGAGGGAGGAGCGGGACCGGGACUGAGGGCGGAGCAGAAUCGGAGGGCGGAGCGGGACUGCAUUGAGGAGCGGGACCGAGGGCGGAGCUGGUUCGGAGGGCGGAGUGGGACCGAGGGCGGAGCUGGUUCUGAGGGAGAAGCGGGACCGAGGGCGGAGCAGAACCGGCGCCGCUUCCGCCCCGCGCGGCGCUUCCGGGUCGGCGGUGUCCGGAGAAGCGGCGGCGGCCGCGGGAGCGGCGAGGCCCGGCCAGGCAUGGGCGGUACUGCCAGGCCUUGAGGGCUUUAAUGACUCUAGAAAUGCAGUAAACCAGUGGAUGAGGCUCAGAAUUAAGUCUCAGCAUUUGGAAGCUUUAGACAAGAGUGCCAGUGUAUUAAAGGUUGGAGGACGUGGCUUUCCGAAGCACCUGAUCUCUCAGGGCUGCAGAGCAGUACGAUGUUUGCCAAAUUGAAGAAGAAGAUCGCAGAGGAGGCAGCGGUGGCCCCCCGGCCCGGAGGAGCCGCCCGCAUCCCCAGGUCUGUCAGUAAGGAAUCCAUCACGUCUGUGGGAGCAGACUCCGGAGACGACUUUGCUUCUGAUGGAAGCAGCUCCAGAGAGGAUCUUUCAUCCCAGUUGUUGAGAAGAAAUGAACAAAUAAGAAAACUGGAGGUGAAGCUGUCUGAUUAUGCUGAUCAGAUCCGAAAUCUGCAGAAGAUGAAAGAGAAGCUUGAAAAUGCAUUAGAAAAGCAUCAGGAUUCCUCCAUGAGGAAGUUUCAGGAGCAGAAUGAAGCUCAUCAGGCCAGUCGAGCCAAGAUGGCUGAAGGAAUGGCUUUGGCCUUGGGAAAAAAGGACAAGGAGUGGAUGGAAAUACUUGCUCAAGUUGAAAAGGAAAAAAAAAUGCUUCAAACACAAUUACAAGAGAUGAGGGAGCAGAGUUUAAACCUUUUCCAAAAACGAGAUGAAAUCGAUGAACUGGAGGGCUUUCAGCAGCAGGAAAUUGCCAAAGUUAAACACAUGCUUUUGAAAAAGGAAGAGUCUCUGAGCAGAGCAGAGCAGGAGCUGGAGGCGCGCGCUCAGGAGCUGAGCCAGGCCAGAGCGGAGCUGCAGGAGGCCAGGGCCGAGUCCUCGGGCCUGAGGAAGGAUCUCCAGGACCUGCAGCAGCAGCUCCUGCAGCUGGAGGCUCAGAGAGAUGAACUAAUGACAGCUGAGACAAAUGCAGAAAAUAAGAUCACUGCUCUGGAGUUAAGAGAACAGGAGCUACAAACUGUCAUUCAGAAGCUUUCUGUAGACUUGCAAAAUGCUCGAGUGGCUAGUUCUGGUUGUGAGAAGAGACUGGAAAUGUUACAAGCAGAGCAUGAAUCUCUGAAGGUGGAAUAUGAGCAGCAGAAGCAAAAGAUGACUUUUGAAUUUACUGAGAGAGAGAAACUUACUGAAGAGCUGCAGGAAAAGGUGUCUUCCCUGGAAAAAAAGCUAGAAAGAAAUCUCUCAGGAGAUGAACACGUGCAGGAGCUGCUCAAAGAGAAAGCUGCUCUUGAGCAGAGGCUGGAGGAGAGCAGGCAGCAGGUACUGACAGACAGGACACGGCACAGUGAGGCUGUGAACCGGCUGGAAACACAGAAUAAAGAACUGGAAGUGAAACUACAGAUUGCAACAGAAACAUUGAAAAAGAGCAAAGAAGCAGCUGCUGACCAGGAUCUGAAGAUCCAGAAGCUGCAAACUCAUCUAGAGGAUGAAAGAAAUCAACUGCAGCAACAGAUUUUAAGUGAGAAAAAUCAGUAUGAUCAGAAAGUUACUGGGCUGGAGUCUCAGAUUGCUGCUCUUGAAAAAGCUUGGGAAUUGGAUAAAACAACAACUCAGCACAGGAUUAGCCAACUGGAAAAGGAAAAUGAAAACCUCAAGGGAAGCAAAGAAGGAUAUGAGAACUCUUUAAAACAGCAAGAGUCUGAACUGAGCAGGCUAAAGAAUGAGAUGAGCAGCAGAGAAACUGUCAGUGUGGAAAUUGCCAAAGCAUUGGAAGAAACACGGAAACAGAGAGAGGAAUUACAACAGCAGGUUUCACAUCUGAAUGCCCUCAUAAAGGAGAAAGACCAGCUGAUUGCUGAGAAAUGUAAUCUGCUGCUAAAACAGAAGGAAGAACUGAACCAGCUCAGUCAAGACCAUGAAGCUGCCUUGCUGCAGGUGCAUCAGUUACAGUUGGACAUAGAAGCAAGUCAGAGCCAAGCAGUGGAGAAAGAAGAAACAGCAAGAAAAGAAAUUGAUGAGCUGAAGCUGCAGGUGCAGGAGUGCCUGUUGGCCAGAGAGCAAGAGAAAACUGUUUUAGAACUGGAGGAGUCAACGAGGGCCUUGAACAACGAGUGUUUCCCUUCUCCAGAAAACUCUGUGGUGGAACAGAACGGAGAGGUGGAAGCUGCAGAUGUCAUUCAACUUCAGAAGGAUAACAGAGAGCUGGAACAGCAAAUUGCUGAGAAAAACAAGAUGAUAAAGCAGCUUCAGCAAAGAAUGGCAGAACUCAAGAAAACUCUCCAGAAAGAGCUGAAAAUAAGGCCUGACAGUGAGGUACCUGAGCUGCGUACAAAUUCUGAAGUGCCUAAUGCUUCUGUGACUGUCACCAACAACUCUGACCUGAAUGACUCGAGGGAGAUAAACUUUGAGUACCUUAAACACGUUGUACUAAAGUUCAUGUCCUGCAGGGAAUCUGAGGCAUUCCAUCUCAUUAAAGCUGUGUCUGUGUUACUGAAUUUUUCACAAGAGGAAGAAAACAUGCUCAAAGAAACUCUGGAGUACAAGAUGUCCUGGUUUGGCUCAAAGCCAUCUCCCAAAGGCAGCAUCCGGCCGUCCAUCUCGAGCCCAAGGACUCUGUGGCCUUAAGGGAACCUGAAGGUGGCAGGCAGUAUCCAGGCACUUCUUUCUGUGAAAAGAAAGCUGAACACACUGCUCCAGGUGUGUCUUAAUCACUGUCAUUGCAGUAUUUUGUACAAGAACUUCUGGCUCUGUUUACAAUACUAAUACUGUGCAAGGAGACGUUUUCACUACAGACUGGAACAGCUCUGGGCUGGAGUCAGGGAGCACCUUGGUGUCUGUGAUGAGAGCAGCUCCUUGUGCUCAUCACUCCCAGGUUCCUGGCACCAAAGGGUUCUGAGGACCUCGCUGACAGCAGGGCUGCCAGUUCAGUCUCUUGGGGAUGGCGAUUCCAGCUGCUGUUCCAGGGUGCUGGAGUCCAGUGACUCUGGGCACAGAGAAGCUGCUUGUCUGGCUGUGGGAAGCCAGCAAUGAAAAACGUGUUGGCAGAACAGUGUUGAGAGUGGGAUGGUUUGCAAAGCCUUUCACAGGACAGGAGCAGAAGCUUUAACCAAAAAAGAACUCUGCCUUGCCUUCUAAUACUGACAUAACUAAUGGUUGGCAUUUUUUCAUAUCACUGUGUAAUUUAAGGUGCAUUUAUCCUGGCCUGCAGUCCUCAAGGCUGCAUGUUGAUGAUUAUUUAAUUUGAGAGCACAACUUUAGAGUUGUCUGAUUUUACUUUUCUUAAAGAAAAAUAAUAUUUAAAAUGGUCUUAAUUAUAGUACCUAAUCCUCAGUCGCCUUUAAAACUAAUCCAUUAGCCUGUUCCAUAGGUUGUUAGCAGUGGGAAAAGGGGUAGGAAACCAUUUUAAAAUUUUAAAGCUGAGUUCCAGAUAUUGUAAAUCCACACUGAAAAAUACCUUUUAUUUUAAAAAAAAUUAAAAAUAAAAAUCUAGUGACAAAGGGUGAAGAAUGCUGGUACUAAACACUUGAUUCAUUUUUUUUCUUCCAAGUUCUGCUAGCAACAAAUCCUUAUAACCAGGAUCUGCCUCUCUGUUGUGGUUUUCUGUACUUCAAAUACUGAUGCUUAAAAACUGUUAUGAAUAUGUUAACUGUGUCCUGACUGUUGUGGUAAAAGGAAAUGCUGCUCAUGAGGGGUUUGAGGGCAAAAUUCAACUCUUAGUGAACAAGUGGUAGUUCCAGCAGCUUGUUUUCCUGAUACAGUAAAGAAAGGGGACCAAGGUGGCACUUCCUCCCUGGAAGCAGAGUUUCGCCCAUUUAUUAACACCUCUGCAAAAUCUGGGUCCAAAUGGGAAGUAGCAUUAAAUCUGACUACUGAAAACUUGAGACCUAUUUCCAAAAAUCUACCCAUGUAUGGAGUUCAGUGAGCAUGCUGCAGUUCUGGGAAUUCUCUUACAAGUAAGUUCAUACUUCUGUUAAAUAUAGUCAGGAUAAUUCAAGCUUUCUCCAGUGGAGAUGCAGAGGCUCCAGACCCUGCUGGUCUCCCAGACAGCCCCACCCCAGACACAGGUACUGCCAGGAGCUGGUACUGAGCACAGGUGAUGCUCCUCAGCUUAGAGCCAGGUUGGAUUUGUCUGAAGUUAAGAAAACCAGCAGAAUUUUUUGGUGCACUAGAUCUUGUCCCAGCAGUUUACAGUAACCAGAUUAAUGGCACUUCCAGACAAGAUAGAGCAUGGAAGGUUCAGCCCUGCUCUACUGUGAAAAUAGACAAUCAAAAAGUACAUUCAUUUCAAUUGUUUCUCUGAGAUACAGCAGGGUGGAAUAACCCUCUUGGUUCCGGGAAAGUUUUAUUCUCUGAGAUCUUUUCCUAACGUCCCCUUGCCCUGCUCUGUUUCUGUGGGACCAGGAGUCAGGAUUUCUUCACUCCCACUCCUCCCUGCUGAAUGCCUAUUGGGUUUAUGCUGAUCCUGGCUUCAAAGGUUACUGAUGAACAGUAAGGAAAGCAGGACAGGCAGCUUGGAAUGGAGUGACAAAGUAAAAUCUUCGGUUAUAUAUUCACUAACAUCUUUCAGAUCCCAAAGCUCAUAGAGGAUCAACUUACCAUAAACUAGUCCUUAAGUGUUGAAUUUUUGUUAGUAUCAGAGCAAGACUGGUGUGUAUACAUGUAUUAAAAAGCUAAUGCACUUUCCCUUGUCUCAGAACAGUGGUUAUACAUAAUCCUUUCUAUCACCAUUGGAUUUCUUUCCUUUAAUGCUGUAAAUAUGGAUUGUAUGAUGAAACACUAUGAAAUUUGUGGUGCAAUACAUUUUGGAUCAAACCCCUGA